GCCCGCGAUGCUGCUCUCCAAGUUUGGCUCCCUGGCGCACCUGUGCGGGCCCGGCGGCGUGGAUCACCUCCCGGUGAAGAUCCUGCAGCCAGCCAAGGCGGACAAGGAGAGCUUCGAGAAGGCGUACCAGGUGGGCGCCGUGCUGGGCAGCGGUGGCUUCGGCACCGUCUACGCGGGCAGCCGCCUCGCCGACGGGCUCCCGGUGGCCGUGAAACACGUGGUGAAGGAGCGAGUGACCGAGUGGGGUAGUCUGGGCGGCGCGGCCGUGCCCCUGGAGGUGGUGCUGCUGCGCAAGGUGGGCGCGGCGGGCGGCGCGCGCGGCGUCAUCCGCCUGCUGGACUGGUUCGAGCGGCCCGACGGCUUCCUGCUGGUGCUGGAGCGGCCCGAGCCGGCGCAGGACCUGUUCGACUUCAUCACGGAGCGCGGCGCCCUGGCCGAGCCCCUGGCGCGGCGCUUCUUCACGCAGGUGCUGGCUGCGGUGCGCCACUGCCACGCGUGCGGGGUGGUGCACCGCGACAUCAAGGACGAGAACCUGCUGGUGGAUUUGCGCUCGGGCGAGCUCAAGCUCAUCGACUUCGGCUCGGGCGCGCUGCUCAAGGACACGGUCUACACGGACUUUGACGGCACUAGGGUGUACAGCCCGCCGGAGUGGAUCCGUUACCACCGCUAUCAUGGGCGAUCUGCCACCGUAUGGUCUCUGGGUGUGCUGCUCUACGACAUGGUCUGCGGGGACAUCCCCUUUGAACAGGAUGAGGAGAUUCUGCGGGGCCGCCUCUUCUUCCGCAGGAGGGUCUCCCCAGAGUGCCAGCAGCUGAUUGAGUGGUGUUUGUCCCUUCGCCCUUCCGAGCGGCCCACCCUAGAGCAGAUUGCCGCCCACCCCUGGAUGCUGGGGGCCGACGGCGCCCUGGAGACCUGUGACCUGCGGCUUUGUGCCAUGCACCCCGACGAUGGCGCCAGUACCACCUCCAGUAGUGAGAGCUUGUGA